GCUCAUUAUAAGUCACAUACUAAUACUUUACUUUCUUCUUCUCAAACUCCUCUUUACUUUACAACUUCAUCAUUAUCAUAUUAUCGAAUCAAUAAGCAUUAUGGGUAUUUUCACAUAUGAGAAUGAUAUCACCUCUACCGUUGCACCUGCUAAGUUAUUUAAAGCAGUGGUGCAUGAUGCUGAUGUCAUCGUUCCAAAGGUUGUUGAUUCCAUCAAGACUGUUGAAAUUGUUGAAGGAAAUGGUGGCCCUGGAACCGUCAAGAAGAUCACUUUCGUUGAAGGAGGACAAACCUUGUACGUGUUGCACAAAAUUGAAGCCAUUGAUGACGCAAAGUUUGAAUAUAAUUACAGUAUAGUUGGAGGUUUCGGUAUAUCAGACGCUGUUGAGAAGAUAUCAUUUGAGGCCAAAUUGGUUGAAGGUCCAAAUGGAGGAUCAGUUGGGAAGACGAUUGUUAAAUAUCACACCAAAGGAGAUGCUAAGCCAAUUGAAAAGGAAGUUGAGGAAGGCAAGGCUAAGGGAGAUGCUCUUUUCAAAGCCAUUGAAGGUUACGUUUUGGCAAAUCCUAAUUAUAAUUGAUGAUACUAUAGCAUAUAUCAUCACUGUCCUUGCAAGCAAGCUUUGUUGGUGUCUUCUUAAUAUAUAAGUUAUCUUUCAAUGUAAUAAUAAAGGGUUCGAUCUCUUGUUGUCUGUUCCGUUUGCCUGUGAAUUGUGAGGCUUGAUAUCUUUGUAUCCCGGCCACUUUAUCAAUAAUCAACAACUUAAUACAAAUGAAAAGCAUAUUCCAUAUAACAGUACUUCUAAAUACAUGUUAGCUUCCAAUGUAAUAAAGUGUUCUAUUGUCUUGUUUGUUC